UUUGAACCCUAUUAAUUAAGCGGCGUUGGUGAAAAUACUGUGAAAAACCAAGGUGGGUUAGUUACGUGGGCUUGUUAUAAAACGGCCAACAUCAUUCUCAGGCAGGGGACCACCUUUGCGUCUUCUCACCUUCGGUUCUCUCGAAUCUGUUGGUGCUGCGCCUGCGGGACUUCGAAGCGAAGCAGAUGGCUCGGAUUAGAUUUCAAUAUUUGCAGAAAAGAUUUGGGUCUCCAUCAAAAUCCUGUCUUACCUUGAUUUCGUUUCGUUUCGUUUCAUCUUCACCUCUGAGCUGCCGUACUGUUCUGCAAUUGCCUUUGCUUCGCCAGUGCACUGUAAAGUUUCUGACCAUUCUGUUCUCUUUUUCUCAUUUUGGUGGAUCGUGUUAGGUGGUGGUCUUAGUUCCAUUCUCUCUUUUAGCUCAUCAUGAUCUUUUGCUUCUUCAGCUUUGGCCUGAAUUGGCUUAUUUUUAGUGUGAUGUGAAUGUUCUUGGGCGUUCUUUUGAUGUCUUCUGCUUUCAGAAAUGGCGGUCUCUCUCUCUCUCUAACUCACACACACACACACAGUUGUUCAGUUAUUGCUGCUACAGGAAAGUUUAGAGUGACGCUACCUGUUGAGCUUGAUACCAUUGGUGCCUCGAAGAUCUGCCGGUUGCUUGAAUCCUCAACUUUGUCCUUGAGCACUCGGUGAACUGGUAAUUAAUGCAAGCUUCAUAUAAGCCAGGAUCAUGGGAUGCUUCAGACAGGUUCUACAACCUGCCCGCGAAAGAGCUCGAGUCUUCUCAUUGGUCUUCGAUCACAAACUUAGACCAUCUCUCAUGCUCCGAUGAGAGCAGCCAAGGGAAUUGUACACUUGAAUCAUCCUCGGGAAGUGCACCUCAUCAUGUGAAUGAUUCCCCAUCAGCCGUGAGGUUUUCACCUGAUGAAAGUCCCACAUCGAAACGAGCAUCGGUGCCUGAUUCUUGCGCACAAGACCAUCUGAAUGACCUCGAACUAAAAGUGCGAGAACUGGAAACUGUCAUGCUAGGACCCAGCUCAGACAUGCCCCACACGGGUGAUGUCAACUUCUUGGUUGGACCUGGCCAGAUGUCUCAAGAGACUGAGACAUGGAAUGAGUUGAUGGAGAUUAUUUCCAGGAGGGACCUGAAGAAGAUUCUCUGUGCUUGUGCUAAAGCAAUCGAAGACAACGACACCUUUAGAUUUGAGUGGUUGGUGUCAGAGUUACGCCCGAUGGUGUCAGUUUCUGGUGACCCGAUUCAGCGAUUAUCAGCUUACAUGUUGGAAGGGCUCAUAGCAAGAUUGGCGGGUUCUGGAAGCUCUAUCUACAAAGCUUUAAAGUGCAAAGAGCCUGCUAGUGCCGAGCUCCUAUCGUACAUGCACAUUCUCUAUGAAAUAUGCCCUUACUUCAAGUUUGGGUACGUGUCGGCGAACGGAGCAAUCGCAGAAGCCAUGAAGGAUGAAAACAUUAUCCACAUAAUCGAUUUUCAGAUUGCUCAGGGAAGCCAGUGGAUCACCCUGAUCCAGGCUCUGGCGGCACGGCCCGGUGGGCCACCCUGUAUCCGAAUAACUGGGAUUGACGAUUCAGGAUCUGCUUAUGCCCGUGGAGGAGGCCUGGAAAUCGUCGGCCAGAGGUUGUCUAGGCUUGCUAAAGCGUGCAGGGUGCCAUUUCAGUUCUAUGCUUGUGGAGUUCCCGCUUCGGACGUUGAAAUUGGACACCUGCCCAUUCAAGCCGGCGAGGCUAUAGCUGUAAAUUUCCCCCUCAUGUUGCAUCACAUACCGGAUGAGAGCGUCUGUUCACAGAAUCACCGUGAUAGGCUUAUAAGGAUGGCUAAGAGCUUGUCCCCGAAAGUCGUGACUCUUGUUGAGCAAGAAUCUAACACCAACACUGCCCCGUUCUUCUCGCGUUUCCUUGAGACACUUAACUACUAUUUGGCAAUAUUCGAAUCAAUCGACAUGGCUCUGCCAAGGGAGCAAAAGGAGCGGGUCAAUGUCGAGCAGCAUUGUCUUGCUCGGGAUAUUGUCAACCUGAUUGCAUGCGAGGGGCUAGAGAGAGUUGAGCGUCAUGAGUUACUUGGAAAGUGGAGAUUGAGGUUCGUCAUGGCUGGUUUUAGUCCUUACCCUUUAAGCUCCUUUGUGAAUGCUACCAUCAGGAGUUUGCUGUCGAGUUACUGCGAUAAGUAUACACUAGAGGAGAGAGACGGGGCUCUGUACCUUGGCUGGAUGAACCGACAUCUUGUCGCUUCUUGUGCGUGGGAGGUGACCGACAUUUAAAUACUCGAGUUUUUCAUAUUUCUUCAGUAAUUUUCCAUUCUGCCUGUACUUCUACAGAUUAGCUAUAGAUACAUCAUGUAUAAGAAAUAAAUCAGGCUUGUUCUCGUUCCGCUUUUUAA